CGGAGAAUCAGAAGAUUGUGUUGUGCCCUCCGCGUUCAUACAGUUUUGUUUUGAGGAGCAAAAACAAGAGCUGACCCGUUGAAGAUACAGAUUCAAAGGCAGAGAUUUUCAGAUUCAGGAACUGUUUUUCAGCAGAGAAUUGGAUAAAGCUUUGCUAAUGGAAAUGAAUGCCGCACUAUUUCAAGUCUUCUCCUGCACUUCCCUACCCAGCUUAAAUUUCCUUCUGUAAACACAUCGGGACAUUGCACCAAGAGGAAUGUUAAGCUGCUGAAAUUAAGCUGUUACAUACAAGAAGAUGGCGUCCAGCACACAUUCAGGGAUUAACCAAACAUCUGGUAUCCUCCACAUGAACACAUCUCACCGACAAACACAGAAAUGCAGCAAGGAGAGAACUCACAGCUGUUUGGAGUGUGGAAAGAGUUUUACACAACAGAGGACUCUGAAAAUACACCAGCGCAUUCACAUAGGAGAGAAGCCAUAUUACUGCUUGGAGUGUGGAAAGAGUUUUAAUUAUAAAAGUAAUCUCAAAACACAUCAGCACAUUCACACAGGAGUUAAGCCAUAUUACUGUUCAGAGUGUGGAAAAAAUUUUAAUCAUCAGAGUCAUCUCAAAACACACCAGCGCAUUCAUACAGGAGAGAAGCCAUAUUACUGCCCAGAGUGUCGGAAGAGUUUUCAACGAAAGAGUACUCUCCAGCAACACCUGCACAUUCACACAGGAGAGAAGCCGUAUCAUUGCUCAGAGUGUGGGAAGAGAUUUAAUCGUCGGAGUAGUCUCCAACAACAUCAGCGUAUUCAUACAGGAGAGAAACCGUAUCACUGCUCAGAGUGUGGGAAGAGUUUUAGUCUUCAGAGUUCGCUUCAACAUCACCAGCACAUUCACAUAGGAGUUAAACCAUAUUACUGUUCAGAGUGUGACAAGUAUUUUAAAUAUCAGAGAUCUCUCAGAAGACACCAGCGCAUUCACACAGGAGAGAAGCUAUUUCACUGCUCAGAGUGUGGGAAGAAUUUUAAUCAACAAACUUAUCUCCAAGAACACCAGCGCCUUCACACAGGCGAGAAGCCGCAUCACUGCUCAGAGUGUGGGAAGAGUUUCAGUCAUCAGAGUUCUCUCCAACGACACCAGCGCAUUCACACAGGAGAGAAGCCGUAUCACUGCUCAGAGUGUGGGAAGAGUUUCAGUCAUCAGAGUAAUCUCCAACGACACCAGCGCAUUCACACAGGAGAGAAGCCGUAUCACUGCUCAGAGUGUGGGAAGAGUUUUAAGCAACAGAGUCAUCUCCAACAACACCAGCGCAUUCAUACAGGAGAGAAGCCGCAUCACUGCUCAGAGUGUGGGAAGAGUUUUAAUCGUCAGAGUCAUCUCCAACAACACCAGCGCAUUCACACAGGAGAGAAGCCGUAUCACUGCUCAGAGUGUGGGAAGAGUUUUAAGCUACAGAGUCAUCUCCAGCAACACCAGCGCAUUCAUACAGGAGAGAAGCCAUAUCAGUGCUCAGAGUGUGGGAAGAGUUUUAAUCAACAGCAAAUUCUCCAACAGCACCAUCUCAUUCACACAGGAGAGAAGCCGUAUCACUGCUCAGAGUGUGGAAAGAGUUACAAGGAUCAGAAUACUCUUAAAAAACAUCAGCGCAUUCACACAGGAGUUAAACCAUAUUACUGCUCAGAGUGUGGGAAGACUUUUACUCAGCAGAGUAAUCUCCAACAACACCAGCGCAUUCACACAGGAGAGAAGCCGUAUCACUGCUCAGAUUGUGGGAAGAGUUUUAAUCAACAGAGUAAUCUCCAACAACACCAGCGCAUUCACACUGGAGAGAAGCCAUAUCACUGUUUAGAGUGUGGGAAGAGUUUCAGGCAUACAAAGACUGUGAAGACACACAAAUGCAUUAAGAGCAGUGGUGGAAAUGGCCAGUAAUGAGUAUAUCCUUAAUUUGGCUUUAUUUCAGUUUGAGCAUCUUUCCACCAAGAAUGAUCACGUGACAAUGACAAAGAAGGCGCUUAGAUGUGGCGGAUAGCAGCAAGUGGAUUUUUAUCUCCUAAAUUCUCUUGUUUUUCGUGGUAAUGUCUUAUGCAAUUUCUUGAAUUUAUUGUAUUGGUAAAGUUGAAAUCACUAAAUAAACUGCACAGACCUUGUGCUUCUUUCUUGAA